AUGCAUCCUGUCUUCCUCGAUCGAAAGCAGAUCAAGAACUACUACAAUGGCUAUUGUAAACUCGGGUUGUGGUCGAUGCUGCACUAUCAAAUGAAAGAGGUGCGUCUGAACUCCAAGUGGUGGAGUUACUACGUACAGGUCAACCAAAUGUUUUGUGACAAGAUUGUUGCGCUCUGGAGAGAGGGCGAUUUUAUAUGGAUACAUGACUACCAUCUCAUGUUGGUGCCAUCAAUGGUCAAGGCAAAGAUACCCAAUGCAUACGUUGGGUUCUUCUUCCACUCACCCUUUCCAUCGUCAGAGCUAUUUAGAAUUCUCCCAAAUAGAACUGAUCUAUUGAAUGGAAUACUUGGCUCAAACCUAAUAGGGUUCCAAUCAUUUGACUACCUUCGACAUUUUAAGAGUAGUUGUGCUCGACUUUUGAGUUUGGAGGUGGAUGCAGAUGGCAUUGAGGUGCCAGGCAAUGGCACGUCCUCUCACUUUAUCAAGCUCAAUGUAUACCCCAUUGGAGUGAACUUUAGCCGGUUCCUCGACAUUAUGAACACACCCAACGUCACUCAGAAGCUUGAGGAUCUUGGUCGAGUGUUUGAAGGCAAGAAAGUGAUCAUCGCCAGAGAUCGUUUGGAUUCUAUUGGAGGAGUACCACACAAGCUCAGUGUCAUUGAGAGUUUCUUCAACACACAUCCCAAUUGGCGUGGAAAGUUGGUCUUUAUCCAAGUAUAUGAAACACCUAUGGACACAUCAAUAGAGUCUGGUGAACAGAGAGCAUUGCUAAAAACAGUCAAUGAGAUGGUUGGAAGGAUCAAUGGAUUGUAUGGAACAUUAAACUACAAUCCGAUUGAAUACAUCAACAGGAAUGUUGGAUGUGAGGAACUAUUCACCUGGUACAGACUGGCUGACAUUGCCCUGAUCACCCCAGUGAGGGACGGCAUGAACCUGACCUCCCACGAAUAUGUAGUCUCACAGAAGGAUAAGCAUGGAGUGUUGAUCCUUAGUGAGUUCACUGGUGCUGCCAGGUGUCUUGGUGGUUCGAUCAUUGUCAAUCCUUUCUCAAAGAGCGAGAUGAUCGAUGCAAUACUCGAGGCGCUUGAGAUGAAGCAAGAGGAGCGUCAGCUAAAGCACAGUAUCAACUUUAACUAUGUUAUGGCCAAUACCACACUGUUCUGGGCUAGGCGAUUCCUAGAGGAGCUUCUGCUAAUGGAAAAGCAGGAGGAGGAAGUGCUUGUUCCCAAGAUCAAUAUGGAGCUGGUCAAGCAAUCGUAUUCAACAUCCAAGGGCAAGAGGAUAUUCUUUUUGGACUAUGAUGGCACUUUGACUCCCUUGGUUCGCCAUCCCAACCUGGCGGCGCCAUCUCAACAACUGCUCGACACCAUCAGCAGAUUGACAAAAGACCAACGAAACAUUGUAUACAUCAUCAGUGGAAGGGACCGCAAGUCAUUGGAGGGAUGGUUGGGCCACAUCCCUGUGGGAAUGUCAUGCGAGCAUGGAGGCAUACUCAGAAGACCAGGCAUUGACCAGCCGUGGGAAGAGAAUGGCAACUUGGAUCUAUCGUGGAAGGAGACCGUCUUGGACAUUAUGAGGGAUAUCGAAGACAGGACACCGGGCUCGUUCGUUGAGCAAAAGCAAAUCAACCUGACUUGGCACUACAGAAACUCUGAUCCAGAGUUUAGCGAGUUCCAAGCCAAGGAGCUGCUGGGUCAGUUGAACUUGGUGGCCAACAAGUAUCCAUUGGACAUUCUGCCUGGAAAGAAGGCCAUUGAGGUCAAACCUAUUGGUGUUAACAAGGGAAGCAUCGUCAAACAGAUACUUACCAACACAGACUCUGUUGACUUUGUUCUCUGUCUAGGUGAUGACCGAACUGAUGAGGACAUGUUCAAAGAGUUGAUGGAGAGAGUUGACGCAUACAGUAUCAAGGUAUACUCUGAGGGAUGUAAGGAGAGACAGUCAACGUUUGCCAAGGCAUUCUUGGAUACGUCAAGCGAGGUGCUGGAGUUAUUGGGCAAGCUCUCAGACCAAGAGUAA